AGACGCCCGCAAUUUGAGUGACCAGCAAUCUUGAAUACAAUGUUUCCAUGGUAACAAGCACGUAUCACCAAGAAAUCAAAAAUAUUUGAAAGGCAAGAAACUCUGCCAUUUUUAGAGCCAAAUUUUAAUAAAAUUUAGUGUUUUUUUCGCGUUUAAAUUAUGUACGACGAUGACGAAGAGCAAGAAGAAGGGCCAAAGAGCUCGUUCACAACAUAUUUAGCUGAAGGAGAUGUUUUAUUUAAACAGGGCGAGUUCAAGAAAGCGCUGGAUAGCUAUAAUUUGGCUUUGGAACUGAAACCAACGGAGAAGUUUGCGCUGGUUGCAAGAUCUAGGUGCCAUCUUCAGCUUGGAGACACCGAAUCUGCAUUGAAAGAUGCAGAAACUGCGCUGGAAGAUGAUAAAGAGUUUAUCCGGGCAUUGUAUCAAAAAGCUGAAGCACUUUACUCCAUGGGAGAUUUUGAACAUGCCUUGGUAUUCUACCACCGUGGAAACAAGCUGAGACCAGAACAGCAGGAAUUCAGGCUGGGGAUACAGAAGGCUCAAGAAGCAAUUGAUAAUAGCAUUGGACGUGCAGCUAAGAUUAAGUUGGAGAACAAAGGAGAUCUGUCAUUUUUUGCGAAACAGGAUGAGGUGAAAAAGCCAAAAGGAUACACAAAGCCAAAAGCUAACAUGAACAGAGGUCAACAGCAACCACAGGCGAAUAGAGGAAAAAAUACCAAACCUCCACCAUCUUCAACAAAGACUGUUAAACAGCUGUUGGGCGAGCUCUACGCAGACAAGCAGUAUCUUGAAAAUUUGUUGAAUGACAAAGCUUUCGUCCAGGGUAACAACGAUAGUACGAUCUAUGGCCUGGUUUCCAGUGGUAUUGGCUACCUUGAUUCACGCACGGAGUUCUGGCGUCAACAAAAACCGCUGUACGCAAGAAAGAAAGAGAAACCAGUACUGCAGAGGAAUAAACCUAAACCCAAAACAGAAGAUCCGACCGAUUUCGUUGUUCGCUCCCUAGAAGAGAUUGACCAGAAGUUGUCGGAUGGUGAUGAGUUGGGCAGUUUGAAACAGGCGGAGAACACGCUGCGACAGGUCAAAAGCAUGAAUGAUAAAGCAAUACCGAACAAGCAAGAGGUGCUUGCUAACUUACAUUCUUGUAUUGGAAACGCCAUGUUAGAGAUGGACGAUCCAGCAAAAGCUUUGGAGAGUCACAAAAAGGAUUUGAGCAUUUCGAAAAAAAUCGAAAGUAAGGACGGGAUAUCCCGUGCUUUGGAUAACAUCGGGCGGUGCCAUGCAAGGCUUGGUCAAUACGCACAGGCGAUUGACAGUUGGAUAGAAAAGCUGCCGUUGAGUAAAACACCUCUGGAGACCACGUGGUUGCAUCAUGAGAUCGGGCGUUGCUAUCUUGAGCAGAAGAACUACCAGGAAGCAUUAGAGUGUGGUCAGCGGUCUCUCGUGUCAGCACAACAGGCCACGGAGAAAGUAUGGGAACUGAAUGCAACUGUUCUCAUCGCGCAGUCCCAAGUCAAAUUGGGUGAGUUAGAGGUGGCCCUCAGCUCGUUCCAAGAUGCUCACAAGAUCGCGGAGGGUUUGGAUGACGACGCAGCAGAGAUUGCCAUCGCGAAGGCAAUCGACGAUGUUCAGAACAGAAUAGAUAAAGGUAUAGUCGAGGACAACACGACCACCACGCAGGAUGGUCCCGAGGAAAGUCGCGCUUAUUUUGACAAUGAAGAGAGGGAAAGUGAGAACCCCACAGGAACUAGCGGUGAACAGCAGGAUGGUCCUCAACGUGAGAAUGAUAAUGUAAAUACUGAUGAGGACACCGCUGAGCAAACAAUCGACGACUCCGAUGGUAAAAAAGCAAAUGAAAGCGAGGCUACGUAUACUGAAGAAACGACGACAUCGUCGUGAAUUAACUCCUUGCCAAUGAAGUGUAAUUAGUGCAUUAUAUGAAUUGAAAUUUCAAUGCUUUUUCCCUAUUGUUGCUACUCUAUUAAACUGUAAAAAAUGGUGUUUAAAUGUUUGUGUAAAUAAAGUUUUA